AGCCAUGAUGAAGAACUUUGGUGUUCCCCGGGUGUCUGCUCUUGCCACUGUCUUUCUCCUGCUGCUAAUCUCUGAAGGUGGCUGUGUGAGAAUCAUUGGAGGAGACCCAGUGGUUCCUCAUUCAAGACCUUACAUGGUCCUACUUAAACUUAGUUCAAAUAACAUCUGUGCUGGCGCUUUGAUUGCAAACGACUGGGUAUUGACAGCUGCCCAUUGUACCCUGGGGAAGAGUUCUCAGGUCAUUCUUGGGGCUCAUUCCAAAGACAAGGAUGAGCCAGAAAAGCAGAUAUUAUCUGUUAAGAAAGUGUUUCCCUAUCCAUGCUUUGACCAACAAACACAUGAGGGUGAUCUGCAACUUCUACAGCUAAACAAAAAAGCAAGAAUUAACAGGAAUGUGGGUAUCCUUGACCUACCUAGACAGGGGGAUGAUGUGAAGCCAAGAACCAAAUGCCAAGUAGCAGGGUGGGGGAGCUAUCAGAAUAACUCACCUGCCUCUCCUGUUCUGAGAGAAGUCAACAUCACUGUCAUAGACCGGAAGACCUGCAAUGACGAAAAACACUAUAAUUCUAACCCUGUGAUUGGACUAAAUAUGAUUUGUGCAGGAGCCCCCAGGGGUGGGAAGGACUCAUGCAAUGGAGAUUCUGGAAGCCCUCUGAUAUGUGAGGGCAGUUUCCGAGGCAUCACAGCUUUUGGCCGCCCGGGGAGGUGUGGCGAUCCCCAAGCGCCUGGUGUCUAUACUUUCCUCUCAAGCAAAUAUCUCAGAUGGAUAAAGAAGACGAUGAAGCGCACAGUUUAAAUAUGUGGAUUUCAUUCUAGCUGUGUCCCUUCUGCGUCUAACCACAAAUAAAAUCGGCUUGAAUGACU